CGUUACGUAAGUUCCACAGAGCAGGAAGUGUGAUGUGGCUCUGACUCGCCGACAAAAAUGUCAGCUAUUUUCAACUUCCAGUCGCUGCUAACAGUGAUUCUCCUCCUGAUCUGUACCUGUGCCUACAUCAGAGCGCUGGCUCCAAGCUUGCUAGACAAGAACAAGACCGGGAUUCUAGGGAUUUUCUGGAAGUGUGCCAGAAUAGGUGAGAGGAAGAGCCCCUGGGUGGCUUGCUGCUGUGUCGUCAUGGCGUUUAGUAUACUGUUUCAGCAGUAGCAGUCCGAAGGAAGGCACAAAUGGAAACAUUGGGGAAAUGAACAGACAGCAAGGCACGAACAAUACGAUCCUAGAAGCACAACAGGACCUCUGGUGGUUGUCACUUAAGAUGAUGUAAAAACAGAGACUUGUCACCACUCGUCGUGGCCACGGAGGGAGAGAAUGUGUGUUUGUGGGUGGAGGGGCGAGGUGAUGGCCCCAGAGUGUGUCUCGAUCCCUCCACAGACCUCCAGGUCUGUCCUUGUGUUUGCUCAUGAUGUCGAAGGUUUACUCCAGUUGUAUGUGUGAUCAAAGGAUAGUUUGUCCAAACAUUUCAAACAGAUUUAUUUUUUUCCCCCUCUAAGUUUGUCACAAUGGCAUCGAUUGUUGAGAAUCCUUCACAAAAAUCCUCCUUCAUGAAUGUGUAUAGGUAAUUCAGUCAUUCAGACUUUUGUUUGUUGUAUCUAAAAUGGUGAUGAUAUUCCAUAGCAAACAAACUGGUAUUCUAGCUCUCAACAUGUCAAAUUGUCCUACAUAUUUGUCGCCGGGAGCCGCUGAUGUUUUUAAAGUCAGUCAGUUUGUCACUAUUUAUUAAAGAACCUUUUUGGAGA